AUGAGUGAUAGAGAUAUUAGAGGUUCAGGCUCCGCUGCGGCAACUUCGCAGAAAGGUGGAUAUAACGAGAGAGAUAUAAAUAUUGAUUCAAAUUUAUCACAUACUACUAUUUUUUUUGUUCAUUUGCCGCAUAACAUCGAUCCAUCCACUCAGCCAAUAGUUAUUGGAAGUUGUGCAUCUUUAGGUGGAUGGAAAGAGUCGAAAGAGCCAAAAGUACCACUUCAUCAAGUUAAAAAAUCUUCACUUUGGUGCUCAAAUCCCGUACAAAUUCCUAUAUCCGAAGAUGUAUUUUACAAAUAUGCCAUGAUAGUUAAGAGUAUGUUUAAUCUUAAAACGUGGACCGAAUAUGAAGGUCAUAACCAGUCAACUAACCGUAAAUUAGUAAUCCGAAGAAACCAAUUCGAUGUUUGGCAAAGUAAUAGUAAGUUUAAAAUCGACAGAGAAUAUCUUAAAAGAGAGUUCCUAUUUGUUGAAUUUAUCUAUUCCAAAAUUAAUGGUAUUGAAAGUUUGAGAGAUUGGAUUAUGGAUUAUCAAUAUAUUAUGAAGGUUCACCAAGAUUAUACAGUCCACGCAACAAAUCUCAACUUUAUAAAUAAGUUAUUGAUAGAAAGUACUAAGAAAGAACAACGAAUUUUCCUAUGUGUCCUUCUCGGACAUUUACAGUCACAUAAUUAUAUACCCCCAGAUUCGUUGCCCGAAAGUUUUCAAUCUGCCAACAUCUUAGAAGAUCUUGCAAGCGUCGACUCAGAUUUUGUUCUUUCCGAUAUUAAGCACUUACGGCUGAUAUUGCAAGACGAACUAUGUGAUCGCGCACACUUUGAACAUAUGGAUGAGAACGUAUUUUUUCCGUGUGACCUUUCGCUCGAAAAAUUGUUGUCCAAAAUUCGGAGAACUGAAUUGAUGAACGCCUAUGAGAUUCCUGAUCUGAAUGUUUCUUAUCAGAUUGUUGUUGUAGACG